GUCGUUAUUGUAUCUACCCAGUUUACACGGAUUGCCAGGACUAUUGAAUGCAAUGCCCUACUGCGCUUAAAGUUGACUUUCAUGUAGCCACUUCAUUUUCCUUUCUUAGCUGGAAAAAAAAUUAUGUAGGAGAGAGUACAGAAAGAUUGUUUGGUCUCAAAAUUUUGAUAUAAUUCUUCCUUUUCCCAGGAAAAAAGAAAAUCAAUGGCUUUACAUCCAUUUUCCUGAUAUUCAUCCCUCCUAAAUGCCACCUAAACUAUAGGUUAUGUAUUCUAGAUGAAGCUUACAUGUUUACUUUCAUUGGAUCUGCUUAGCCACUUGAACUAGUUCAUUGUUGUUUUCAUUGAUAUGUUGAAUCACUAGCUGAAGAAGAUCCCAAAGAAACAAACAAACGGGGGCAAACCUAGCCGAGUUGGUUAGAUAGUUAGCUUGGUAACCACAAGGUUCCAAGUUCAACUUCCCACGAGAGUUGCCUAUUGUUCUUUUUGUUUUGAGCCAGUUAGCUAUAGGCAACUUAGGUUGAUUUAUCUCUUUGUGGUCUAUUGCACCUUCGGAUAGUAGGUGCGGGCUUUCGAGUAACACACAAAACAAAGCCCCAGCCCCUAAACAGGAUACUAGUAAAGGUUUUGUUGUUUAUGAUUACCUUGUGCAUCAUGUUUUUCUUUUAAACAAUUGCUUAGCAAUGAGACUUCCUUUUAUACACCACACAAAAUUCAGUACAUAUGUUUCACAUGGUAUGCUUAAUAAUGCAUCUAAAAGGCUACUUUGUCGUCUCUCUCCCUCACACUCUCUGUCUCUAUAGAGUGCUUGGCUACUCUGAAUACUCUCAUAAGAACUUAGUUUAUGUUAAUUGCACCUUAGAUAAGUAGGGCUUAUUAACUUCUGCGCACCGAAAUGAAAUGUUAUAUCGGUCUAUCUGUAUAAUCUUUAAAGAUGUUCCGGGAGGAAAGUAUUGAUUAUUCAGUUUGUAGUUUGAUAGUAAAGUACACUCCUGUUAACACAAUUGACUUGUCUUGAAAUACUACUAUAUAUUGUAAUUCGUAAGAUGUAUCUCAAAAAAAAAAAAAAAAGGGAGAGAGGGACAGUACAGUAGCAGUAUCUGGGAAGAAUCUGAAACCGGCAACCACUACAUUUAGAAUUUGUGGAGGCUCUCUGCUAUAAUCAUCGUCAUAUAACCAUAAUCGGUUCAAAGCUCAGAUGGCUUGUAGCAUGGAGGAAGCAAUUGUGUUGUAUCCUUCUCCACAAAUAGGCCAUUUGGCCUCCAUGGUUGAGCUUGGAAGGUUAAUCCUAAAGCAUCAACCUUCCUGUUCAGUCAUAAUCUUCAUCGCCAAUUUCCCAUUUAAUACUGGCUCCACUUCGGCUUAUCUCAGCCAUGUCUCUGCCACGACCUCUUCCAUCGUGUUCCACCACCUGCCCGACGUGCCUUUCGCUCCAAACUGGUCCUCUGCUUUCCUGGAAGAGCUUGCCUUCGAGAUCCCCCGCCUGCAGAAUGCUAAUGUCCUCCAGGCUCUUAAGAACAUCGGUUUGAAGUCGAGAAUCAAAGCCGUGGUUCUUGAUUUCUUCUGUAAUGCUGCGUUUGAAGUCUCGAGUUUGGAACUUGGGCUUCCCACGUACUUCUUCUUCACGUCGGGAGUGUCUGAUCUCACGUUGCCUCUCCAUUUCCCGACUCUCGACAAAAUGCUGCCUGAUAACCUGAAGGAUCACAAGGCUGCGCUCGAAAUCCCGGGCAUUCCUCCCAUUUACACUUCAGACUUGCCAGAAACCACCCGCCACCGGACUGACAAAGUGUACCGAGCCACCAUGCAGUUGGCAGUGCAGAUGACAGAGGCUUCUGGGAUCAUAGUGAACACGUUUGAGGCGCUUGAGCCGAGAGCCAUGAAAGCUAUAACUGAUGGUCUGUGCACCCCGAAUGCUCCAACCCCGACUCUUUACUGCGUCGGGCCAUUGGUUGCCAAUUCCAAUAUUCAUGGCUACAACGGGAGUGUCAAUGGCAGCGUGCGUUAUGACAACGAGUGCUGUUUGAGGUGGCUGGACUUGCAGCCCAGCGGGAGCGUUGUGUUUCUCUGCUUUGGAAGCCAGGGGAGCUUCAAGGACGACCAGCUAAAAGAAAUGGCGGUGGCACUAGAAAACAGCGGGCAUAGGUUCUUGUGGGUGGUGCGGAAUAGGGCGAGCGAACGGGACUUGAACGCGAUACUCCCGGAAGGUUUCUUGGAGAGAACGGAAGAGAGGGGACUCGUGGUGGAGUCGUGGGCCCCCCAAGGGGCCAUAUUGAACCACGGUUCCGUGGGGGGUUUCGUGACUCACUGCGGAUGGAACUCAUUGCUGGAGGCCUUGCUGGCCGGGGUGCCAAUGGUGGCGUGGCCGCUGUACGCCGAGCAGCGGCUGAACAAGGCGUUCAUGGUGGAGGAAAUGCGGGUGGCGUUGCCACUCGCGGAGUCAGAGGAUCGAUUCGUGUAUGCAGCGGAGCUGGAGAAGCGGGUGAGGGAGAUGAUGGAGUCAGAGUCGAAGGGCGGAAUGGUGAUCAGAGAACGCGUUGUGGCAUUCAGGGAUGCUGCUAAGGCAGCAGUGAAGGAGAAUGGGAGUUCUCAUAUUGCUUUGGCAAAGCUUCUUCAGUCCUGGAAUUAAUUUUUUGUUUUUUGGAUGUUAUUAAUCAUUCAAAGUUGAAUGAUAUGAUCAAACUUUCAUAUCUCUAUAUGUUAUAGAAAGGUUUUGUA